UAUCUGAUGAAAUAUACUAUAAGUGGUUUUCUUCCUUCUCUCUCGACUCUGUUUCUUCUUUGAAUUCUCCUUCUUCUUGAUUCUUCCCUUGAUUCUAGAUUCUUUCUCUUCUUUCUCCUUAAUUUUGAAUUGGACCGUAACGCCAUGAUUAUUUGGCAGCCAAACGAAAAUGACACCAAAAGUAAGAUUUGGUGAAGCUGAUGACUCCAUUGCCGGGAUAUUGGCAAGAAAGGAGAGACCACGCGACUACACGUACGCUAAAUGGCUCCGUUUGAUGUUCUCAACCCAUUCUUUGACCCAAACUCAAAAGUGAGAAAACAACGCAAUUUUUAGAGUCCCAUUCUCUAAUUUUUGCAGAACAGGCUGAUAUCCAGUAAUAUCUCACACAAACACAUGAGAUAAUCCACUAAUCUCUCACGUACAUAUAUAUAUAUAUAUAUAUACAUAUAAGUUAGAAUUCAUUUACAAAUAAUGUAAUUUUAUUGUUUUCAAUAAAAUUUAUUAAAAUAA